AUGAACGGUGAGAUCCGCGGAGGUGGCCCUGGCACCAGUGGUUGCGAUGAUGUUGACCCUGAAUAUGACGCCCCUCCGGAGAUGACGGAUUCUGCCACCACGUCCCUACGAUGUCCAUCUGAGUGGUUGGAGGUGGACAGCUUGAGAGACAUCUUCGAUACGGCCAUUCAAUCGAACGUAGACGCCGCUCCGGAAGCUACAGGAUCCAACGAUGGAGAUAUUGAGCCAUCCCUGUUUGCCAGUGGAAGCAAUUCGCUCGAUUACACCCCGGUUCCAUCCACCCAUGUACGGAUUUCGCGACCAAACCGGGAGUUUUCUCACGCCAUCCAGAACGCCCUGGUAGAGGAAUGUCCAUUCAUGUACGCUGGAAAUGAAGGAACCGAACCUUGCUAUCCGUCCACCAGCAAUACUCGCCGCGAUACGGGGAUGUUGUUGAGCAGCGGCAACACAUCCGCCACCGUUACGGAUCCACCACUUGCUCCAACGCCCAUAAUGCCUAUACCUCCGGCUGCAGUGUUUCCUACUGCGCCUUCGUUGUCUUCGUCCUCCCGUACCCGGGUGCGUUAUGAUUAUUCCAAGCACAACAAUCAGGUCGGAUUUGGUUCGAUGUACCGUCAGUACCAUCAGCACCCUCAUUCGCAUCAUCAUCAGGGCCCGUCGUCGUCGUCGGGCACAUUUGGGGCGCAUGCAAGCCACGGCGGACGUACCUUUGCCAAUGAUACACCCGUGCCAAAUCAGCACCAUUAUCAGGUUCACUAUCGCCAUCAACGGACACCACCGUCCACGGAGCCGUUCGGGUACUCCACCAACGAAAAUGCCGACAUGCCACCAAGGACGACCAGUAGCGAAAUGAGACGCGCACGCAAAAGAUACAUUGAUGGUGAAUGUAUAGAACGGCCAACGGAUAACCGUGACUGGAUUGAACGAACACAUCCCAGCAAUGUAGGAAACCCGGCCCAAACACAGUCUAAUUCAGCAAUUGGCUGUGUGGUGGUAAAGACCGAUCCUGUUCCUGCCCAAAAUACGUCCAUGGUCAAUGGCAAUUUGGCACCGAUAAAAAUGGAACCUAGAUCAACAACUCCUGUCCCUGGUCGGAUGUGUCGUACACCUCCAACACCGACCAGAGAUGAGCCACCGGUGGAGAUGUUGGAAGCAGUUAAGAUUGAAUCUAAUGAAGCGCGUCCUCCGGGCGAUACGAUGCCCACAAAUCCAACAGACGGUCCUGGUAUUGCUUCAGGUACGUCGCGCGUAUUCGGAAGAGUUCAAGAGCAACCAAACGUUCAACCCACGGUAUCCAGCAAUACGAUCAAGCAAGAACCAUCAUUAAACGGUGAGUGCUUCUGUCAGGAAUGUGUUCACCAGCGUCAACGAGAUAAUGGUGAAGAAAAAUACAACCCACCCGUAAAACGCGAGUGUUACUCGUGUGUUCCUGGAUCCUCUGUUGACGUUCAAUCGCAAUCCUGCUCGGAGUCGUCGUUACCGGAACCGAAGCAUACGGUCGUUAAAUCGGAACGAACGGACCGGCAACCGACGCCAACCACAACGGUAUCUUCCGAUAGUUAUAAAAACGCUGAAACGGCAGUCAAGCGAGAGGGUGACGCUUCUCCUGGGUCUUCCCAAUGCUGUAAUAACAGCACCCAAUCGGAUAAGUGCGCUGCUGCGAGCAUUUCGAAUUCCAGUAGCCCCGCAAAACAACAACGGAUACUUCCCUCGGCCAACGGGCCGACAGAAACGUCUAUGCCGGGUCCAAGCGGUUUGAAUCGGUGUAACAUACCAAAUGCCAACAUUCGAUCAACACGACCUGAUGCAUGUCGCCCUACGUUUGUGCAGAAUCGUCUGAAGCGUUUUUCGUUCUGCAGUGAUGACUACGAGGACGAUGAUGACGAUGACGAUGAUGACGACGACUUGUACGAUGUUGUGCGUAAUUCUGCCAGCUAUACUAAAAAUAAAAUCGACGAAGACGUCAUUCUUGUUGAGGAUGAUGGCAAAAAGCGGCAGAGCCGAUGUGUGUCCGGUUCGGUUGCUGCAAAAGAAGAGCACACCUCAACACCAAUACCCGUUCCGGAGCAGCCAUCGGUUGCCGAUAGUAACGAUGGAGCAGACUUACCAACAUCCGCUGUACCGACUGUAUCCGGCGAGCAAUCAGCUGGCCAGUCAACUCGCAGAUUGUACGGUUCCGAAGCACUCGAUCCACAUCCCGACUUGCAGCUGGAUUGGAUUACCGACUCGAGCAGUAUCAGUAUCAGCGAUGACAAUGAUGACGUUAUUAUGGUGGAACGAACCGACGGUGUUGGUGCGUCCGUUUCUGCUGUUUCUCCUACUACUAACAACAACUCUGGCCGAACCUCAACUAGCAAUCGGGAUGCUGCCAGUGUGCCAAGAAAGCAGCGUCGUCGUACCAAGAAUCGACCACAAAACACAGCACGUGGUGAACCAAUUGAUUUAACCAACGAUUCGGACGACGAUAUCGCCAUGGCAUUUCUGCCCCUCCGGGACCUAGCAACCAUAUCACGGCAAACCGACGAAAUGGUACGGGAACGUAACGCAUUGAUGUGUCGAUUGCGUACGGAGCGCAAUAAUUCGUUACUGCGACGCCAUCUGUUCCGUACGCUGGUGCCGAACUCGAUGCUUGCCCGGGGUGUGGAGUUGGUAAUGGGUGCACCAUCGCGCCGACUAUUGACCGCAAUGAACAACGGACGGACUGAUACACCACCGCCCAUCGCGAUGCCGUCGUCUCGUGCAUACCGUAGCUAUACGCCACCACCGCCUGUAUCGCCGCGAAACUAUCUCGAUCGGCGACAUCCACUAGCGAUGAAUGCCACGCAUCGAAUUUCGCCACCAACGGAAUGGGGCGAGGGCCAACGACGUUAUUUGCCCCGAGUGCGGCAAACACUUAAUCGACGCUGGAACUUUUACCAUUCCAACUGUGGAGCUGUGCGAGACAGCCAUGGAUGGCGCUGUGGGUCGGCGAACGAACCGAGACGCUCAACGGUAGGCUCGCGGACUACUAACCAUCACGUGCGCCACCGUCAUCAUGCAUCAGAUCGGUCGCACUCGUUCGACGACAGUUCCGAUAGUUCGACACAUCCAAUGCAAACGAUCGCUCCCUCGCUUUUGCUUUCCACCUGCUAUGCGCCAAGUUCGCGGUCGUUAGAUGCCAACCAGCCAUCCGAUAGUGGACCGACUACUGGCAAUCCGGUUGGGGCGCCAAUGGCCGAUGUAGUUGAUCUCGAUGCCUCGAACGGGGAGGAGGAUGAUGGAUAUGGGCUUCCGCCGCGCCGUUGUGACCGUUUGGGUGGUGCGGCGUUGGCAAACGUUGCGAGUACACACGCAGCAGGGGUCACCGAUGGCGUUGCAUCCGGUACUGCUGCUGGCACGGUGAUUGACAACACUUCUCUUGGCAGUUUCGCGAACAGUGGAAACAAUAACCGUCCAACGGGCAUUGCCUAUACGCCGAACUAUGGAUGGGGAACUUCCAAUUGUCCGUACCAACCAUUACUAAUGGUACGAAGGCGUGAAAAUAGCAACGGUCCUCCACCGUCCGUCAUCAACGUCAGCGAUAGUCCGAUCGAUUAUUCGGCCUCUACUACGCCGAUGCCGGUACCGGUUCCGGACCGUGCCGGACGAUUGUUCGCCUUAACGCCACCCAUUCGGCGUGGAAAUGUCAGUGACUUCAACAACAAUGCUGAAACGGCGAGACCUCCGAACGAUGACGUCUGGGAUCUGGAAUUUGAGAAUGUGGUCCCCGACGGCAGUACCUGGGGCCCGUCCGCAUCGCUCGAGGCGCGCGUUCCGCUAGCAGGGUCUUCCGUGUCACCGCCAUCGAGCGGGUUUUCUCAUUACAACAAUCAGCGCCAGCGUAAUCCGCAGUUGCAGCAGCAAAACGAUCGUCACGCUACAUCAGCGAACCGUUUGCGAUCGCAGCGUCUGCCCUACGCACCGCACGAAAGUCUCUGGAUGCGGCAGCAUCAAGCACUCGAGGCCCAGCGCCGCAUGAUGUCGGUCGUGAACGGUAAUGAGCAGCUUGCUCCACCGCCCCAUCCCACCCGGCCGCCCGGCCUGUUCGAUUCGGUCUAUCCGUACAUAGCGGCGGCAUCAGCAACGGGUGGAACAGCGAGAACUGGUUCAGGAAACGCAUCAACGGCGGCCACCAACGGCUCAUCUGCAUCUUCCUCCUCAUCCUCCUCCCUUUCGUCCUGCUCGAACGUACCGCGGUUAAGUGCAGCUGCAGCGUUGGCUUCUAGCGUCUAUACACGUCCGGACAUACUUACGCCAUACUCCCAAUACUUGCAUCCUCAUCUGCCGUACCAUCACGUUGAUCAAUCCGGAUCCGGGUCGGUUAGCUCGGGUGCGAAUGCUUCUACCCGCGGACAAGCACCCAUGUCGUCGUCCACGUCAUCAUCGGCCUCGCUGGCGUCUGCGGCAGCUGCCAGCGGUAGUGUAGAUAAUGACGAUUUCGCACGCCUGCAGACAUCGUUACGGAGCAAUAUCAUGCUGCCCUACCAUCGAUAUCAAUCGACACUGCAGCCGGCAAACCCACGAACGAAUCCCAGCGCCGGUUUUGAACAAGGACUAAAUCUACGCAUGCAUCGACCCGUGCGACGCGUUACAAACGAUCCCAACUAUAUCUACCGUCGAAACGAUCAUCAGCACGUGCACCAUCACAUGUACCAUCACAUACCGUCGCAAGGAAACUUCCUCGGCAAUCCUUCGGAAAUUCAGUUCAGUAUUGGGUUGAGGCCAAGCUUACUGUCUAGCCUGAAUCGAUUUGUGCGUGUUAUGGAAGAUUCUUGUACUGGUCGCGGUGCAACACAGGAAAUGAUCGAAACGCAUACGUUCCCGCACAAGUACAAACGGUUGCGUCGUGUUAGCGAAACGGAUGAGGAUAGUGAAAAGUGUACGAUCUGUCUGUCACAGUUCGAGAUUGACAACGAUGUUAGACGUUUGCCGUGCAUGCACCUGUUCCACAAGGAUUGUGUCGAUCAGUGGCUAGUCACGAACAAACACUGCCCGAUCUGCCGUGUCGACAUCGAGGUCAACUUCAACAAGGACUACAGCAUUUGACGACAACCGGCU